UCAUCAUCAUCAUCAUCAUCAUCAUUAAUUUGGUUCAUCAUUAUUUUACAAUAUUUUCUACAUCAAUCAAUAAUUCAAGUAGUCAAUGCAAUCGAUAAUGGCCACAUCAGCAGCAGCAGCAGCAACGGUGGAGGAGGUGGAAGUGGAAAUAGUUGCCCAGUACGAUCAUUAAUAAAACCAUGCCUUUGUAAUGAGAUAACAAAAGGUCUUGAAAUCAUAUGUGAAGGUGUACAAUUGGAAAUGCUCAAAGAGAUUUUUGAUCGAUUACCUGUUAAUAAUAAUAAUAAAAAUGGUGGUGGUGGCGGUGAGCAUCAAAAAAAUCAACGUACAACAAUAAUGUAUUUAAAAAUGAAAAAUAAUCAUAUCCAUUCAUUUCCGGCACGUUUAUUAAACAAUAUAAAUGUUCGUCAUUUAAUGGCACAUAAUUGCAAUAUGAUUGCUGUUGAUUCAGAUGCCUUUUUAUCAAUACAUGAUCAGAUUGAAUCAUUAGAUUUAUCGCAUAAUAAAUUUCAGAAGAUACCUGAUGCCCUAAAAGGCCUUUCAACAUUGGUUUCAUUGAAUCUGAAUUAUAAUGAAAUUGAAACCAUUGAACCAGAUCAAUUUGAUGGCCUGGAAUCAUUAUUACGACUAUCAUUAUUUGGUAAUCGUAUAUUUGCCGUACAUGAACGUGCAUUUAUUGGUAUCGGACCGAAUGUAACACAAGUGAAUCUUGGCGGUAAUGAAUUAUCACGUAUACCAUCGGAUUCAUUACAAUAUUUAGGAUCAUUACAACGAUUACAAUUGCAUGAAAAUCGUAUACAUACAAUCACACGUAUGGAUCUAAAACAUCUUCGUCAAUUAGCCCAUUUGGAUGUAUUGAUUUUAGCCAAUAAUCUAAUCAAACAAUUAGAUGCUAACAUAUUUGCUGAUUUAUCUGUAUUAAAUUAUAUUGAUCUUGAAUCAAAUCAAAUAUCGAUGAUUGAUGAACAAGCAUUCAAUGGUAUUGAAAAAACAUUAGAAUGGCUAAAAUUGGAUAAUAAUCAAUUGCAAAUAAUACCAUCAAAUGCAUUAAGAAAAAUAACACGUUUGAGACAAUUGGAUUUGAAAAAUAAUCAAAUUGAACAUAUUGAUCGUCAUUCAUUUGAAUCAUAUGGUAAGAAUAUAAAAUUUUUAUAUUUACAAAAAAAUCGUAUCCAACAUAUUGAUGAUCAAGCAUUUGAAUCAUUCGAAUCAUUGGAAUGGCUAUAUCUACAUUCAAAUCAUUUACAACGUUUAUCAAGAAAAUUAUUUGAAAAAGUUAUUGAUAAAAAUUUAACAAUUCUUGAUCUUCAUGAUAAUCCAUUCAUCUGUAAUUGUGAAUUAAAUUGGUAUAAACAAUGGAUUGAAGAUAAUGAAAAAAAUCAAAUGUCUCAUAUUUGGAAAGAAACAAAGUGCUAUUAUUAUGAUGAUGAUGAUAAUUAUAACGAUAAUGAACCAGUUUCAAUAAUGGAUCAACAACAACAACAACAACAACAAAAGCAACGUAAACGUGAAAUAUUUCUCACUGAAAUGGAUAAAAUGAUUGAAUGUCAUGCAUUUACAAUGGAUCGAUUAUCAAUGACAACAUUAUUAACAAUGACUAUGAUGAUGACAAUUAUUAUAACGUCAAUAUAAUUAUAAUUAUUAUAUAUAUGUUUGGUGUUCAUAUAACUCGACAAACAAUAUUAGACAUGUAUGUAUGUCGACCAUGGUAACGUGGAAUGGUGAUAAUUUGUUUAAAUACAACGACGACGACGACGACAACAACAACAACAACUAAAUCUGUGAAAUACAAUCAUAAUCCUCAUCAACAAACAAAAGAGAGAGCCAGAGAGAGAGAGAGAGAGAGCCAAAAAAAAACCGGAAACCAAAAAUCAAAAAAAACAAAACAAAAAACAAACAUAACGAGCAAAUUCAAUCCAGAUUCGACAACGAGAUGAUAUAUAUUGGUGAUAGGAGAAAAAAAAAUUAGACAUUGAAUGAAAAUCAAUAUAAUACAAACAAUGACGAAUCAUAAAUUUUUUUUUUGU